CAACGCAUUCGAAGCGUUGAUAAAAACAGUCGAGUGGUAAACGUUCUCUGGUUAUAAUUAUUAUGAAUAAUGUUGUUAGUGAGUGUGUGAGUGAAUCUGUUCGUAUCAUCAAUGUUUGCAUGAAGAUGGGAUGAACAUUUUCCAGAUGCACAGUUUUUUGUUUCAAUAGUUGAGAUGGUAACCGCAGAAAAAUAUCUUAUAUAGAUUUGACGCAAUGCAAGAACAUCCACCUGUGUCCCACAGAAAAGUGUUCCUGGCAAUUCUCCUAGUUUCCUGUCUUAUUCUAAUGAUAUUUUAUUACGAUGAUACUCUUCUUACCAAUGGCUUUGUCUAUGACAAAGAUCAGACCAAUUAUCUCGAAGCUAUCGAAAAUGCCACGCCUUAUAGUAGCAAGCCAAGCACCAGGUUCACUACCCAAGCCCCAACUCCAACAGCUGUCAAAACCUCCCCACUCCCCAGAACUGAUUCACAAAGCGAAGAACUGGAAUUUUUGGUGUACAGCUCAAAAUGCAAAAUUGUGAACCUGAACCCCUUCAACAACGAUGCCAAAAAAUACUUCCAUCCAGAAAAAUACAAAGCUUGCCGUUCCUUGGAGCUCUUGACGUACGUGACAAAAACCGACAAUACAGCAACUCUUCAUAUUGACUAUAACAUUUCACCGUCCUACACCAAGAAAGGAAUUUCCUGCUGCUAUUCAAAUGUGACCAGGAAAAUCAACAAAAGUCAUCCAGACAGUGCAAUAACAAUAUCCUCCUGCAAGAUCUUCGAUAGCAACGUUACCAUCUACAACGAUCCAGUCAUGGUCAAAUGUACAGAAGUGAACAAUACCGACAACAAAAUUUACGAAAAUGUGCACAUCGCAACUCUUAUGAAAGACGAUGUGAAAAAGAAGCUGGACAUUUCAGACAAUAACACCAAACCCCUUAGCGUUUUGUUCGUCGGGAUAGACAGCAUUUCCAGACUGAGCUUCAUAAGGGCUUUGCCGAAAACUUUCAAGUUCGUGGAGGACAACGGCUGGAUUCCCCUCAAAGGGUACAAUAAGAUGGACGACAAUACCUUCCCGAACCUCAUGGCCAUUCUGACUGGAUACAACCAGACCCAGUCGUACAAAAUUUGCAACCCUAAAGUUGAGGGGAUGUUAGACAAGUGUGAUAUGGUGUGGUUUGAUUAUAGAAAACUGGGCUACGUAACAGCGUAUGGUGAAGACGAAGGUUCGAUUAACACUUUCAAUUAUGGAAAAGAAGGGUUCACCGUUCCUCCAGCUGAUUAUUAUUUCAGACCUUACGUAUUGGCAACAGAAAAGCUCAGCAAGAUAAGGAAAGACUCUAUGACUUACUGUACGGGCCCAGAAACAGCAGGAGAACGAAUACUGAACCUCGCCAAAGAUUUCUCAGUCACCUUCAAAGGUGUGCCAAACUUCGGAUUCUUCUGGAUGAACUCUUUCAGUCACAAUAAACUCAACUCGCCUACCGGCAUGGACGACAAAGUGAAAACCUUCCUGGAGGACUUAACCACGACAGGUGUCACGGAAAACAGUAUAGUAUUCUUCUUGAGCGACCACGGAAUGCGAUUCGGAGACAUAAGAGUGACUGACACCGGAUGGCUGGAAGAGAGAUUACCCUUCAUUUACGUCUCUUUCCCCAAGUGGAUCCAUCAGAAUUAUACCAAGGAAUACGAGAACUUCAAGAACAACACCUACAAGCUGACCACACCCUAUGACAUCUACAUGACGCUUCAGCAUAUUCUGGUGUUGUCUGGGCAUAACUACACAGUGAAGGCCAGCACAGCUUGUCCACAGUGCAAGUCCCUGUUUGAGGAAAUGGAGAGUGAAAGGUCUUGUGAAGAUGCUGGUAUAACACAGCAUUGGUGCACUUGUACAGGUUAUAAAGAAACUUCGCUAGAUGCAGAGGUGACAAACAAAGUAUCUAAUUUUUUUCUAGAGAGGAUACAUAGCUUGAUUCGUUCGAGGAAUAGUGAUCAUAGAUGUGCCAAAUAUUCCGUAGAUAAAAUUCUAGGUGCCAGCCUUUCUCAACGUUUGUUAUAUAAAAAUGAGACGUACUUACUUGUUAAAUUAAAAACUAAUCCCAAAGCCAUAUUCGAGACAACUAUCACUUACGUAGGCGAUAUAAGAAGCUCUAAUUUCUCACUUUCUGGAGGUAUCAGUAGAUUAGACAGUUAUGAAGCACAUAGUAGAUGCGUUGAUGACGCAUAUCUUAGAAACUAUUGUUAUUGUCGCUCUACAGGUGUGAGAGUUUGAGCAAGUGCCUUUUUCAAGAUAACAAGACUUGUUUAGUUCACUGACCUAUUGACAACAAAUAAUAAUGGAUGGACAAUGCAAGUUCUCAGUUUUCCGCUGAAUUGAACUCGCUCAUAUCACGUGAUCAGCUUGGAAAAAUUGGUUGACGAGUAUACCCAGUACUCAAAUCGUACACGAGGCCAUAUAAAGAGGAAACCGAUCCAACGUUGUUGAUAUAUUAUUAGCAACAAUUGGUGCGAAAUAUCAAUGUCUGAUCCUUCCACAAUACGCCAAUGAAAUGAGAUAUUGAAAUCCAAAAGCGUGAUGUGUGGUUGACAUUUUCUGAGAUGUCGUUAGGGCCAGUUAGCUUCGAAAAAUCUGUGCUCGCUUCGUAAUAUGUUGAAAACGGCAAAAUAAUUUGGCUCUCCUCAUGUGUUCCAUUCUAACUCAUAAUGAAGAAUGCGUUCUUCCAUGAAAGGUUUGAUUAUUGUUUCAGAAGUAGAGCAACAAUUCCAGCUGAAUUGCAACUCUGUACUAUUGAUACCUACAUAUUAUAGUACUUCAGAAAUUUUCGUAAAAAAAAUUAAAUUCAAAGUUUUGCUCUUUCGCAACAUAACCAGUCACUCAACCUACAGAAAGAACCUUGGAAAUAAAGUUCUUCUGGAUUCUCAUGGUUUCCCUUAGAGCACAAAAUAUAGAUCUGAUAGUUUUCUCAAAAUUUGUUAUGGAUGAAUCAGUAUUGACCAUUGCAAUCUAUUCAGAUAGCCAGACGGCAAUCAAAGCAGUCAACUCUAUGCAAGUUAACUCAAAACUAGUAUGGGACUGCUUAGAAACCCUAAAUGCACUGAGCAGUCAGAACAGAUUGACUCUAGCAUGGGUAC